UUUAUAGUUUAUAUUUUAAAGGUUUGAUUUACAUAUAUAUGAAUAGUUUAUUUUGCAUUUUUUUUAAUGAACUAAAAGUAAGAAAGAAGAAGUGCUGGAAUGCCCGAUGAAAUUACUACUGUUAAAGAAGGGUGGCUUAUGAAAAGAGGAGAAUAUAUUAAGAAUUGGCGACCACGAUAUUUUGUCCUUCGUAGUAAUGGUUUAUUUUUGGGUUACAAAGAAAAAGUCAAAGGGGGGGACGGAGGCUGCGAACCAAUAAAUACUUUUUCGAUAGAAAGGUGUCAAAUUAUGCGUCAGAGUAAACCAAAACCAAAUGUUUUUAUAAUUAGAUGUUUCCAACUUACAACACUUGUUGAAAGGACUUUUGCAGUGGACUCAAAUUUUGAUAGGGAAGAAUGGAUUUCAGCAUUAGAAGAAAUUUCACGACGUUUAGCUAAAGAAGAAAAAAAUAGACGCAGUACAAGCAUAACAGAUUCCACAGAUUCAAUACAUCGACCAAAAAUGACUCUUGAAGAUUUUGAAAUGCUAAAAGUAUUAGGGAAAGGGACAUUUGGAAAGGUUAUGCUUGGAAAAGAAAAGAAGACAGGAAAUGUAUUUGCAAUAAAGCUUCUAAGAAAAGAUGUCAUAUUAGCCAAGGAUGAAGUUGAACAUACAUUAACUGAAAAUCGAGUUUUGCAAAACAUGAAACAUCCAUUUUUAACAGAACUAAAGUAUUCAUUUCAGACCAAUGAUCGUCUUGUUUUUGUGAUGGAGUAUGUAAAUGGUGGAGAGUUAUUUUUUCACUUGUCAAGAGAUAAAGUGUUUUCUGAAGCAAGAGCAAGAUUCUAUGGUGCUGAGAUUACACUUGCUUUAAAAUAUUUACAUGAAAAUAAAAUUGUUUACAGGGAUUUAAAGCUGGAAAAUCUCUUGAUAGACUCAGAGGGUCACAUCAAAAUUACAGAUUUCGGUUUGUGUAAAGAAGAAAUAUCUUUUACAGAUACAACAAAAACCUUUUGUGGAACGCCAGAAUAUUUAGCUCCAGAAGUAUUAGAAGACAAUGAUUAUGGGCAUGCUGUUGAUUGGUGGGGUUUUGGAGUAGUACUUUAUGAGAUGUUGUGUGGUCGACUGCCAUUCUAUAAUCGAGAUCACGAAGUGUUGUUUGAACUUAUACUAAGUGAACCAGUUCGAUUUCCUUCUCGAUUAUCACUUUCAUCAAAAAGUAUACUAAGUGGUUUGUUAGAAAAAAAUCCAGAUAAACGUUUGGGAGGUAGCAUUAGAGAUGCUGAAGAAGUUAUGUCACAUGAAUUCUUUCAUGAUAUCAAUUGGAAUGAUGUUCUAAAUAAAAAGCUUCCUUCUCCUUUUAAACCUGCACUUGAUAAUAAAGAAGACGUCAAAUAUUUUGAUGAAGACUUUACAAACGAAACUCCUCAGUUGACACCCCCUCAGGGAAGUUUAUUGGAUAGUAAUCCAAAUGCAAACUUUCCGGAAUUUACUUACGCUGGUGAAGGUAAACUGAAGUAAUCACGUUAUAUAUAUUUUUUUUGAUAAGAUAAUAUUAACUAAAUUUCAUUAUACAAAGUAAAGAUGAUAUAUUCACGAGUAAAUUCAACUAU